AUGGCUUCUACCAAGUUAGAAAAAGCCAUCACAGGAUUGAUGGACACCUUUCACGAGCACAGCAGAAAGCAAAAGCACUACGAUAAACUGAACCUCGAGGAGCUGACCCAGUACAUCAAGGAGGAGUUUCCCAUUUUCCUUUCAACCUGUGCCACAGAUGAUCCAGAUGGUUUCAUUAAAGGGUUUUUUGACAAGUAUAAAGAUAAAGAUGGAGAAGUCAGCUUUAACGACUGUAUGACAAUCAUAGGCAUUAUAGCCAAAACCUACCACAACCGGAGCCAUAAUGAUAUGACCUGUGGUGAUAGGAGGUGA